AUGCUGGACGACGAGGCUGAUGUGCUGGACGACGAGGCUGAUGUGCUGGACAACGAGGUUCAUAUGCUGGACAACGAGGCUGAUGUGCUGGACAAAGCAGCAGAUGGCAAAGACCAACUAGCAGGUAGGAAAAAUGACCGAAGAGACAAAAGCCCCAAGUUGAAGACAGACAUAAAAGCGGAUUGCGCAGCGGUUGGUAUGUCAAAAGGAGAAAAUAGGAACAACAAAAAAAGGGAUGACGUAGGAGGGAACGUUUUAAGUGCCACAAAUGUGGAGAGAAACGCAGUAGGAGAAGAGCAAAUAAUGAAGGAGAGACAGGAGGGGGAAGCCAAGGGAUUAAUAUUCCCAUCAGACAUCAAAUUAAUAUACGGAAGCAUAACCACAAUGGAUAGAAAGAAAACUCCAAAUGUAAAAAAAAAAGUUACUGCACUAUUUAGCAAAAAUUUAUAUGACGUAGUGGUGCUUUAUUACGACAUGCAUUUUUACAAUAACAUCGAUUCGUUCAAGGUCGAUGUGAACAUGUACGAAAUUUACAACGAUUUGAUCUGCUUGAUAGACGAGUUGUAUAGCAUGUAUAUUAUCGAUACGGAGAAGAAGCAGAGCUCCUGCAUGUAUGAAGACAUGGCGGAAAGGUAUCUUAGUAGGGAGUUGUCCGGGGGAUGGGUAGAACGGACUCAGGAAGAGCUGUUACAGGAGUACUACAUUUUGAAGGGGGACAGAAACACCCUCUUCAUAAAUUUCAAGCUAAUGAAGAUGGUGUACUUAUCCGCCGUGUUCGACUUGGAGUUUUUUGGCGACGUGUGUCAGGAGAGCGUUUUCCUCUCCGAGGGGGUCCCCAUUAGCGCAGAUAGCGCAGAUAGCGGCGUUGGCGGGGGUAGCGGUGUUGGCGUGGGUUGCGGAUGUAGCUGCGGCAUCGACGUUUGCUGCGUCAACUGCGGUAGCGAUGUCACCCCUGCCCACACCGACGACCGAGGCGCUGGAUCACCAGGCAGAGCAAUCGAAGCCCCUCGGAAUGAUAACCGAAGCGACAAGAAAAAGAGUAAUAAAAAAAAAGGAAUAUCGAAAAGGGCGGACAGGAGAAGCGACAGAAGGGAAAUCCCGAGCCCUGCCUUGAAGUCGGAAGUGAUGCGGUACCACGAUAGGGAGAGUGUGGCAGCGGCGGUGGGGCGGGAAGAAGAAGAGGAAGAGGAAGAGGAAGAAGAGGAUGUAUUCCAUAUUGAGGAAGCCCCAUCGGUUGAGGAAGCCUCAUCCGUUGAGGAAGCCUCAUCCGUUGAGGAAGCCUCCCCCGUUGAGGAAGCCUACAUCCGAGAAGACCAAAAAUUGUGCUACCGCAUUCUGUGUGACGAGCAGCCGUACAAGGCCCUUCUGAUAAAAGACGAGCUUAAUCUGAGUUCGUCGGACGAUGGGGAGAGCUACCACGGGAGGGCGAGCACGUCCGUAAAGGAAGUCACCGCGUCCAGUUCGUCGAGGGGUGUAGUGGGAAACGCGGCUACCGCGCAGAGCGUGGACAGCAGCGCGAAUUGGGGGAGUUUGGCCAACAUGACCAGCUCGGCCAACAGGAUCAGCUCGGCCAACAGGAUCAGCUCGGCCAACAGGAUCAGCUCGGCCAACAGGAUCAGCUCGGCCAACAGGAUCAGCUCGGCCAACAGGACCAGCUCGGCCAACAGGACCAGCUCGGCCAACAGGACCAGCUCAGCCAACAUGACCAGCUCGGUCAACAGGACCAGCUCGGCCAACAGGACCAGCUCGUCCAACAUUGCCAUCUCGGGCAACCUUGCGAGCGGCGCGUCCGCGGCAGAGUCCCCCCCGGCGAGCAACGAAAACGACAGGGAUGGCAUCGCGCAGGGGAGACACAGUCGCGUGUACACCAAGUCGAAAAGGAACAACAACCAAGGGAUCCAAUCGUACGCAUCUCCACAUGAAAAAUCAGUCAGUAUCCCCAAAGAUAUCCUAAACAUAACAUCCCUGUUGAGCACCCCCAUUUUAUCACUCAGCAAUAUAAAAAGCCUAAAUCAGGUGAAUUUUUCAUACGGAAACAGCAGGACGAAGAAGGACCUAUACAACUACUGUUAUGCUUACCUAGUGAGCAUACACAAUGGGUAUGAUGUUAUCCCCAUGGAGGGCUAUAAGUUCAGACCCAUCAUAAUAGAUGGUGCAAACGUUUCAGCCAAGGUUAUUAAUAAACAGAUCUCCAAUAUGGUAGAUACAGAUAUGUCUAUAAUAUAUGACUGUUUUUUAUUACAUGAGGCAUAUAUUUUUUUUAAAAGAAAAAAAGUGGACGAUAUUAUCAUAGUUUUAAAUCCUGUGACGAAGAAGGGGGAGGAGUAUUUCUUGGGGAACAAGAAGGUGUGCAAUUAUUCCUACUUAGAAAACUUAAUAAAACAGAAUGCCAUACUGAUUUGCAACGAGAAGUAUUACCACAGUUCCAAGGGGGACGUUGUGAAACGGCGCACGUAUGACGACGUGCUGAUCCUGGAGCUGGCCUCGCACAGAAAUGGCUGCGUCAUUUCCAAUGACAACUACACGGACAUAGAGGCAGACACCGCAUGCGAGGAAAUAAAGCACGUCAUAUCGCAUUACGUCGUGAAGCAUCAUUACGACAAGCACAAUGGAUUCGGCUUGGACAUGACGAAGAAGCCUUUGAAAUUUGUCUUAAAUUCUCUCUUCCAGAAAAUUAAUUAA